GGUUAAAGUUUUGUUAUGUCUGCUGCGUGGCCAAGGAUUUUCCCAGGGCCUGGAGCGGGGCCUGGGUGCGUCGCGCCACCCGUGACUCAGAGCUGCAGGGCGGCCUCGGAACAAUAACAAAACUCCUUUUGGGGAGUGUCUGGGGCCGCUGGGCUGGGUCUGGAGCCACGGACGCUGAGGGGCCCCCGGCACCCAGACACUCCCCCCUCUCUUGGCGCGGCAGGGCUGUGUGCUGCGUGGCUGAGCUACACUCCCCAGGAAACCCCUCACUGUGGCAUUCCCGGGGCUAAGCAGCCCAAGAGCCUCCUAUGCAGGGCGUGUGCCACAUGCCCCACGGCGGCUCGGGGCCCAGAACCCGCCCCCCGGGACCAGGGGUAUGAUCCCCCCGCGCACACUGACACGUGUUCCCUCCGGACCCUCUCUCCCCCCUUCCCCCCUUUCGUCCCUGCGUCUUGCCCGCGUCCCGUCGGGCAGGGACGCGCCCUGCAAGCUGAGCCCGCACCGGCCCCACUGCACCCAGCCUCGAUUCAGGGGGGCGAGUCUCACAUCUCCCCUGAAGGAGCUGCGUCUACUGCCUGGCGUCUGCGGUUGGGAUUGGGGCCGGCCGAGCGGCACCAUGUCCCUGAACGCCCCCACCAGCAACGACGCCUGCCUGAGCAUCGUCCACAGCCUGAUGUGCCACCGGCAGGGCGGGGAGAACGAGACCUUCGCCAAGCGGGCGAUCGAGAGCCUGGUGAAGAAGCUGAAGGAGAAGAAGGACGAGCUGGACUCGCUCAUCACGGCCAUCACCACCAACGGCGCCCACCCCAGCAAGUGCGUCACCAUCCAGCGCACCCUGGAUGGGCGGCUGCAGGUGGCCGGCCGGAAGGGCUUCCCCCAUGUGAUCUACGCCCGGCUCUGGCGCUGGCCCGACCUGCACAAGAACGAGCUGAAGCACGUCAAGUUCUGCCAGUUCGCCUUCGACCUCAAGUACGACAGCGUCUGCGUGAACCCUUACCACUACGAGCGCGUGGUGUCGCCAGGCCUGGGUCUGAGCAUCCAGAACACAGCACCCCCUGCCCGCCUGGUGAAGGAGGAGUUUGUCCAUGACUGUGUCCAGAUGGAGGUGCCCACGGGGCUGGGCUCCCCCGCCAGCGACCAUGGCCCGGGGGCCAAGCACCCACCCCGGGGGAUGCCCCCCGCUGAGUCCUACUGCCAGCCGCUGCCCCCCCUCCAGCUGCCCGAGCCCCCCCGUGCCCCUGUAAACAUCUACCCCACCCUGACCAUGUCACCCCCGGCAGUGGCCUCCGGGGGCCCCCUGCUGUCCAUGGCACACGGCGAGGGACUGCAGCAGAUCGCCUCCCCGCGCCAGCCCGUGGCACCCACCCCGCCCCCGGCCCCACCAGCCUCGCAGCAGAACGGCUACCCCAUGCCCCCCAAGCAGUCCUACCACAGCAAGACAGCCAGCUGGACGGGCAGCAGCACCGCGGUCUACACCCCCAGCCUGGGGGGCCAACAGCCCACCCCCCCGCCGCCCCCUCCACCACCGCCGCAGCAGAACGGACGGAGCCACCCGCAGCCCCCGCUCCAUCACCCCAACCACUACUGGCCCCCGCACCAUAACGCGGCCCCCUACCAGCAGCCCGUCUCCAGCCACCCGGGUCCGGAGUUCUGGUGCUCCAUCGCCUACUUCGAGAUGGACGUGCAGGUCGGGGAGAUCUUCAAGGUGCCGUCCAGCUGCCCCGUGGUGACGGUGGACGGCUACGUGGACCCCUCGGGGGGCGACCGCUUCUGCCUGGGGCAGCUCUCCAACGUGCACCGCACGGACGCCAGCGAGCGGGCCAGGCUGCACAUCGGCAAGGGGGUGCAGCUGGAGUGCCGGGGCGAGGGCGACGUCUGGAUGCGCUGCCUGAGCGACCACGCCGUCUUCGUGCAGAGCUACUACCUGGACCGGGAGGCCGGGCGCGCCCCGGGCGACGCCGUGCACAAGAUCUAUCCCGGCGCCUACAUCAAGGUGUUCGACCUGCGGCAUUGCCACCGCCAGAUGCAGCAGCAGGCGGCCACGGCCCAAGCAGCGGCCACGGCCCAGGCCGCGGCGGUCGCGGGGAACAUCCCGGGGCCUGGCUCCGUGGGCGGCAUCGCGCCGGCUGUUAGCCUCUCCGCUGCCGCCGGGAUCGGCGUGGACGACCUCCGGCGUCUCUGCAUCCUGCGUCUGAGCUUCGUCAAGGGCUGGGGGCCAGACUACCCCCGCCAGAGCAUCAAGCACACCCCCUGCUGGAUCGAGGUGCACCUGCACCGGGCCCUGCAGCUGCUGGACGAGGUGCUGCACACCAUGCCCAUGGCCGACCCGGGGCCCGUCAACUAGCGGGGCUGGCGGGACGGUGGCUUCCAGCCUCUGACGUAAAGGGCCGGCACUGCCUUCAGUUAAUGAGCGUCCGUGGGGCCUUAUCUUACCAUGUGGGGUGCCAGGCCUCGCCCCUCCCCCACGAUUCUGCCCCUCCCACUGAGCCUUGAACCGGCUGGCCACCCCGGAGCCAAAGCAAGCCAGCCCCGGCUUCAGGGAGUCUCUGGGCUCUGUCGAGACUCUUAACAAGGGAGCAACUGCCCCGAUCUGCUGGUCCCCUCUGGGCUCUGCCACGGCUCGCCCUGGAGACGUGGCACCUGGGGGCGUGGGCACGCCGACAGGCCAGGGACUGUCUAGCCUGCUGGGUCUCUUCCAUCUCUGUGAUCUAGGAGGCGAGGAGCCGGUGACGUUUUAUCCUCCCCUUCCCCGCUCCAUCCACCCACCCCACCCCUCCGCUUCAUCUCACCCCUUUGCCCAGCACUCGGCCAGGCGGUGCCCCGCGGGGAGCGGGUUGUGGGCGGCCACUCUCCCUCCCCAUGAAACCCCUCCCGGUCGCACUCGCUUCUUGGGGUGGUUUAAUUUAAUUUGUAAUAAAAAGCCAAAUAACUAGGGCCCUACCAAAUUCACAGCCAUGAAAAACGCGUCACGGGCCGUGAAAUCUGGUCUCCCCCCAUGAAGUUGGGUCUUUUGUGUGCUUUUACCCUGAAGAUACAGAUUUCACAGAGGAGACCAGCGUCUCUCAAAUGGGGUCCUGACCCAAACAGGAGUUGCGGGGGGGCGUCGCAAGGUUAUCGUGGGGGGGGUUGCGGCUGGAGAGCGGCAGCUGCUGACCCAGGGCCCAGCCCUGCAGGCAGCAGCGCAGAAGUCGGGGUGACAGUACUGCGACCCCCCUACAAUAACCUUGCAACCCCCUCCCCCGCAACUCCUGUUUGGGUCAGGACCCCGACAAUGACAACACCCUGAAAUUUCAGAUUUAAAUAGCUGAAAUCAUUAAAUUGAUGGUUUUUUAAGUCCUAUAACCGUGAAAUUGACCAAAAUGGACUGUGAAUUUGGUAGUGCCCCACAACUAACUAAAAGUACCAAAAAUCCCAGCAUGGCACUGCCAGGGCCUGGCCCCCUUCGCCCGCUGCAGGGAACAUGGUUGUGGCCAGCUCUGUAGGUGCAGCUUAUUGGCUCUGCCGUUCCCAGGAGCGCCAGAGGUCGGCUGGGUUUGCACCAUGGGGAGCGUCUCACUCCCGGGCCAGGCUCGGGGAAGGAGCCGGGUAAGUGGUCCGAUUUCCUCCCAUGCACUGGGCCCUCCAUGAGCUGGAAUUCAGACACUUCAUGUGGCUUUUUUAAUCGUUAUUUAAAUGAUCUGGGUUUUUUGCACUGGU